AUGAGUCGUUCAAACAUUAACGGUGCAACUACGCGGGCUUCUAGCGGUAGUGGUAAUGGUAACAUUAGCAAAGGGCAAAUUAAUGGCACCAUUUCCGAAUUUAAUUUGAAAGUUGACGACUUCAGUUCGUGGAUUGAACGCUUUGAAUUGUAUGUAUUAUUAAAUGAAAUUAAUUCUCACAAAAAGAAAUUAAUGUUCUUAACACUUUUGGGCAAUGACGGUUAUGUAUUAGUCAGAGAUCUUUGUACUCCAUUUAAGCCAGUAGAUAAAAGUUAUGACACACUAAAAGAAAUGUUAUCUAAUUAUAUUAAUCCUAAACCUAAUGUUCUAACUGAACGUUACAAGUUUAAGGAGAGAAAACAAGGUUCAGAAGAAACUAUAAGUCAAUUUGUGACUGCAUUAAAAAAGCUUUCACAGUAUUGCGAAUUUGGUAAUAAUUUGGAUGAUUCAUUGAGAGAUCAAGUUGUUUACGGUAUCAGGGAUAACAACAUAAAAAAACGUUUAAUGUCUGAACCGGAGUUAACGUUUAGAAAAAGUGUUACACUUUGUUUGUCAAUGGAAGCAGCGAACAAUGAUGUGUCUCAUUGGGAAAAACAGGAAUUGAAUUAUCAGCGAGGAAUGAAGUUUAAGCAAAACAGACAACCAUGGGGACAAGGGAAGUCAAAGAAAGCACACAGAUCAGAUUCAAUGCCAAAUAAUCAAAAGGAUUCAACGAACAAUUCAAGUCAUGGCCGUAAAACUGUUUGUUUUUGUUGUGGUAAAGCAGGUCAUACAAAACCAUUUUGUAAGUAUAAGCAUUUAACAUGUACUAAAUGUUCUAAAGUAGGUCAUUUAAUUAAAGUUUGUAAAGCUAAAAGUAAAGCUGAGACUGUUGAUGUUAAUUUUAUUAAACCAUUUAAUAUUAAGUUAGAUGUAAGUGGAAUUAUUAUUAAUUUUCAAAUUGACACUGGAUCUUCAAUUACAGCUUUGUCUUAUAGUGAUGCAUGUAGAGUGAAUCUUAAAUUGAAAGAUAUUCAAAAAAGUGAUAUAAGUUUAAGAGGUUAUACUGGUACUUUAAUUAUUCCAAUGGGUUAUUUAAAAGUGAGUGUGAAAUUUCAUGGAAAAAUUGAAGUGUUGAAUUUGUAUAUAAUUAAAGAAGGUGGCCCUCCUAUUGUGGGUAGAGAUUGGAUUGAGAAUUUAUCAUUACCUAUUAAAGGGGAAGUUUAUUCACUUUCAUCAAAAACAGAAAUAAAUAUUUUUGAAGAUUUUCCUUCAGUGUUUGGAGAUGUACUUGGAUGUUAUAAACCUAAAGUGUUUAAAUUAUUUUUGAAAGUUGAAAACAUUAAACCUAUUUUCUGUAAGCCUCGUGUGUUACCUUUUGCAUUGAAAGAUAAAUCUUCAGAGUGGGCUACACCAGUCGUGCCUGUUUUAAAAAGUGAUGACAGAUAUCCUAUAUCCAGAGUAGGAGAUUUAAUGGCAAUUUUGCAGGGUGCGUCCAAAUUUUGUGUUCUUGAUUUAUGUCAGGCUUAUCAACAGCUUUCAUUAGAUGAGGAAUCACAAAAGUUAACAACUUUAUCUACACAUAAAAGACUUUUUGUAUUUAAACGUAUACCAUAUGGUAUAGCUUCAGCUCCUGGUAUCUUGCAGCGUGGAAUGGAAAAUAUUCUGAGAAAUAUUGAGGGUACAGUUGCUUUUGAUGAUGGUAUUAUAAUAUCUGGAAAAUCUGAAAAAAAAGUUACUAAAAGACUUAGGGAAGUGUUAGAAAGAUUAUGUUCAGUAGGAUUGACGGUGAGAAAAGAUAAAUAUAAAGAUGGUUUACAUGUUCCUGAGGCUAGAGUUAAAGCUAUUACAUCAGUACCUAUACCUUGUAGUGUUACUCAACUAAAAGCAUUUUUAGGAUUAGUAACUUAUUAUGGUAAGUUUAUUAGAAAUAUGUCAACCAAAGCAAAUCCUUUGUAUAAGUUGCUUAAGAAAGAUAUACCUUUUGUAUGGGGUAAAGACCAAAAUAAAGCAUUCAAUGAAAUUAAAACUUGUGAUGCUAGUCCUACUGGUAUUGGGGCUGUAUUAUCCCAUAAAUUACCAGAUGGUUCAGAAAAGCCUAUUGCUUUUACUUCCCGGACAUUAAAUAAUGCCGAACGUGCUUAUGCACAAAUAGAUAAAGAAGCUCUUGCUAUAGUUUAUUCAGUUAAGUAUUUUCAUCAAUAUGUAUAUGGUCGUGAAUUUAUUCUUAGAACAGAUCAUAAACCUUUGGUAAUUAUUUUUGGUCCUAAAAAAGGUAUUCCUGUCAUGAUAGCAAAUCAGUUACAGCAGUAUGCAAUAUUCUUAUCUGGCUAUAAUUAUGAAAUACAAUUUGUAAAAGGUAUAGAUAAUGGUAAUGCUAAUGCAUUGUCAAGACUUCCUUUAGAUAUCACUAUAUUUGUUAUACAUUUCUUUUACUUGACCUAG